AUGGCGCCGGCGACACCUUUGAAGCCUGCCCUGAAGCCUCAGUCUCGCAACAAUCGAGCAGCUCAAAUCGAGCUUGGGGCGCUGAUAUGUUCUUCCUUCAUUUGGGCUUGUGGACAGUGGAUUUUGGCGCCUGCACUGCCUUACUUUGCCAUGGCAAAGGGCUGCCACGCCUUUCACUACGCGAUGAUUUCGUCUGCUUACGCUGCAACCCAGAUGCUGAGCUCACCGCUCUUGGGAGUGCUGUCAGAUCGCCUUGGGCGUCGGCCGAUUCUGCUAGGGGGCUUGGCUGCUACUUCAGUGGUGUAUCUGUUGAUGGCCAACGCAAGCACGAUCUUCCAACUCUUGCUGGCCAGAGGUGCUCUAGGUUUCGUGAGUGGGACAAUGGCAGCCGAAGUUGCGUACAUGGCGGACUUGACCUGGAAGUCCGACCGCGCCUACUGGGUGAAUUUGCAAGCGAGACUACAGGCCGCUGGGUGUCUUCUGGGCCCGGCCAUAGGUGGCAUGGUGGAACCCUACGAGCGAAAAAGAUUUGAGAGCCAUUUCGAGUUCGAGCACCUGUGCUAUGCCAUCUCAGGGCUUUGCGUGCUCAACUUGAUCAUAGGUGUCAGAUUCUUCACUUGUCCAAAGACUGUCAAGGCGGCACGGCCAUCAGUGCAAACACCAGCUGAUUCGCCUCGCCGCAAGAUUUCUGUUGUCAGUUCUAACUUUCUGCACGGGCCAACAAAGCUUCUCCUGCUGGCAUGUUUCAUUGACGGCUUCUCCCUUGCCGUCAGUGAUGGUCCCGAGGCUUUUUUCCUGCAUGACCAAUAUGGUUUUGCCCCGGAGCAGCAAGCACAGUUCAUGAUGACUUGUUCUGCAUCCAGCCUGCUGUGGGGAAGCCUGGCACCCUACAUGGGCAAGCUACUACCUGCGAAGCUGACUUGCGUUGUGUUUACCAUCAGCACAGCUGGUGUCAUGGUGCUGAUGACAUUGUCCCGAGUAUGGUGGACUCCUUAUCUUUAUGCCGUUCUCUUUGGCUGCUUUGCCACCUUGGUGGAAGUGGCUAGCAAAGCGAGCCUUGUCAACACCCUUGUGCCGGAGAAGCAACAGGCGGCCGUCUAUGGAAUGCAGCGGGGUCUCUUGAAUCUCGGCUUUUCAUUGGGACCGCUGGUGGGUGGCGGCACCUAUGAGACAUCUCGUGGCCUGCCAUACACCAUCUCAGCCUGUUGCCUUUGCAUCAGUGCUUUGAUCUACCUCUCCCUGCCGUCGUCGCUGACCCCCGGAGGUGAUUCCUUGCUGGGCGAUGACAUUGAAGACACUGAAAGCAAGGAAGCGCUCGAGCAUUUGAGCAAUCAGGCUCCGCUUCCCGCAAAGAGGUUUGGUGCCACCCUUGCGACGGAGAAAGCGAGAAGAGUUUACUUUGUUUGCCCAGACCUUUAUGAAGCUUACAGGGAGCAAGCUGAACAGAAGAGGCGGCACUCCUUCACCGAAAGCGCUCUCCAGGCGGCGGGACGGUCAAACACCAUUGGCGAGGAAUCUUUCUCGCUGCGAAUGGACAGCGAUCGCUUUCUGGCAACAGCGUGGGCGACACGACGCCGGGGCCGCUCUUCCGCGAUCCCGAGUCCAAUGCCCGAGACGUGCAGGGCUCCGCUGCUAAUUGUUGGCAUGACUUCCUUGCCGUCGCGUCUGGAAGGAAUUGGGCCAGCGCUGGAGUCUAUAGCCAGCCAGUCUAGGCGACCGGAUCGGCUCGUUCUGUCAUUGCCGCGGCUGUCGGAACGCGAAGGCCGCAAGUAUGAGCUGCCGGAUCAUGUGACCUGCCUCAUGGCAAAGCAUCCAUGGAUGGAGGUCAACUGGUUGGAGGAGGAUGCAGGACCUGGCACCAAAUUACUCGGGGCAGCUGACUGGUUUCAACGAUCGAUUGGCAGGGCAAUCCCUGGCGAUAUGCUGAUGUUGCUCGACGAUGACCAUGCUUACCUACCAUCAGCACUAGGCGAACUGUGCCAGAUCCAGCAACAUCUUGGAUGUGAUUACAUCAGCUCUUUCUUCGCCUACUUCUUCCGCGGGCUCAUAGUGCCACAGGGCGCCGAUAUUGUGGCCUUGCAGCUGGAUAGCACAACCUUGCGUUGCAUUAUUGAUUUUCACAGGUGCUUCGUGAAAGGCGAUGCAGCAUGUUUCCUGGUAGAUGAUCUGUGGACUGCCAUGUUCUACUUUCUGAGCGGGAGGCAGGUGCGCUCCUUCCGCGACAGAGUCAUCCAGAGGGGCUUGGAAACCAUCUAUUCUCGAACGGACAAUGCAUCCGUUGCGGCUUUGAUGGAUUUGGAUGGCAGUGCGCGAAGAGAUCGCGCGAUGGUUUCAGCAUUUGAGGGCUUGCUGCAGCGUCUUUUGGACGAUGAGUCCCAGCUUUCCAGCAUUGCCGGCGAAGAUGCAGUUCAACGUCUCCACAAGCUGGCCGCAGAAGUGAGGCAGGCAGAUCGACGUAUUGUAGAGCUCAACAGGUGGCUGCUGCAAGCACAGUCGGGUGGGACAUGCGAGUCCCAACUGCUGCGGCGAGCAACGGAGGAGCUGGCUCAAUUGAUGCACUUGUACCUAAUGCAGAAGCUGCCGGAGAAACCACCGUCGACAAGCGAUGCCGACAUUCUGGCAGAAGAAGUAAAUGCUGCAGUGCCGGAGGAAAAUCACGUGUCGUCACGAGCAGUGAAGGUGCCAGGCAUAUAA